UUAAAAUGAUGGUUGUGUUGUGACGGUUUCAUUUUUAUAUCAUCAUUAACUACAGACAUUGAACAGGCUUGGAAUGUGUGUAAAUGUAUUUUAAGGCACUUCUGGCAAUAAGACAUUCUGGUGUUUUUAGUAUCAUUAUAAUAUUAUUUUGUGUUGAGCUACACUUGUAUUGCAGAUAAAUCCAAUGCAGACUUUGUGUUAUGUGACAAUAAUCCAUUGUUUGCAAGUAGGUCUUUCCUAAAAGUAACACACUGCAAUUUGAUAUAAAAAAAGACAUCUGGUCUGAUCUGCAUCUGACACACAGGCAUCUAAAUAACAGUCAACAUUAGAGUCAUCAGGUCUUUGGACUGUGUAAAAAAGCAGAGAGCAACAGUGUGUGAAUUCUAGAUCAUCUGGUUGUGAAGCGACGGCCCAGUGUUACAGUAGCUGCUGCAUCACUGUGUGUCUUGUGCAAGUUCCUUCUUUAUAUAAUGUGAACAAGAACUUCACAUUGAAAUUACAGUGUAUAAACACUGUAAACACAGAGUGAGAAAAGAGAAGGAUAAGGAGAGAAACAGCUCUUUAAAUAUUUUAAACAUACUAAUAUUUUUAUAUUUGUUUCUAAUACAUUUUGAUAAAACUCCAAAGAAUCAUCUACCACAUUUGUGCCACAAUUUAUUUUAACCCUCACUUCCUCCUUUAUUUCAGUCGUCUACGUUUAGAUGGUUUCAUCACAGUUACGCUCUUAAAAUAACGUAUCUGUCUAAACAAUUUUAACACUGUAUGUUUCUUCACAUUUGCCAUAACCAUUAGUACAAGUUGAUUGCUUUCCUUUUUCCUUCAACUGAAGGCUUUAGAUGACGAGGUUAUGUGGAGGAAGGCGGGAUGACUUUUAGAAACAGAGCAGUGGUGAAGUCAUUUUUAGUCUUGAAUAAUAAAACAUGAGCUGUCGCUCCUAUUUGUUUGUUGGUUACUUCUUCAUUUUUAACGUCGGUUCUAUUUAAGAGCUCUCUUCUUUUUUUCUGUUCUCUGCUUAAAGAACGACAGCAACAUAAGUCACAUCAUAUUUCACAGCAUUAACUUGUAAACACAACUGUUAAAAUGUAAACAGUAAUUACUGUAAUACUGUAGGGACUAUUUAGUAUCAUGUCGACCUUAAUGAGCUGAAUUACAAACCUGUUACAGUGAAUGUGUGAAACGUUCCAUGUAAUUGUUUCUGCUCGUCUUAAAGUGAGAUGGCUGCAGCUCUGAUCCUCCUUUUCGCUGUCUGUCUCCUGCCAGGUUCUCUGUGUAGAGAGUUUAAGGUCAUUCUGCCGCAGACGAUUGAAGUUCUGAACGGAUCUUGUGUGACCGUUCCGUGCUCCUUUGACAUAAAAGAGAAAUAUGAUGAAGAAUUAGAUCACACAUGUACGGCAAAAUGGUUAAAAAAAACAACUAAUUUAAAUAGAAAAACUGCAGCUCCAGAAAAAGGAAAACUCUUAGGAAACCUGACUAACAAAAACUGCACCACAACCUUGAAUAGGACACCAUCUGAUAACGCAACAUAUGAGUUUAGACUGGAAUGUCUGAGUCUCAAUUAUUCAUUUACUAAACAAACUGUGACUAUUGUAGCCAAAGCUGAUCCUCCACGUCCGACUCUCAGUCCAUCUACACUGGAGGUGAGAGCAGGAGCCUCAGUGACUCUGAGCUGCUCGGCUCCAGCUCCCUGUCUGUCUCUACCUCCACAUAUAACGUGGACCUCUGGCCUCGGGGACAGUCAGGAGACAAUGAAGGAGCUGGAGGACAAAACUCAGGUCAAGACGUCUGUACUGAACGUCACCAUUUCACGCCUGCAUCACAAAAAGGAAAUCUCCUGUACGGCCGCCUACAGCAAAGGAAAUGGAGACACAGCGUCAGCAGUGUCAACUUUAACAGCCGUGGUUUCAUUUCCUCCACAGAUCCUGCACUCAUCUAUUUGCACCACAACUCCAUCAGAGGUCACCUGCUCCUGUGAGACUGAGGGCAACCCUCUCCCCACGGUUUACUGGUAUCUGGAUGGAACACGUCUCAGUCACUCUGACACAUUUACAAUAAGCACAGAGGCUCAUGGUGAUACAGGCCUGAAGAGCAUCAUCACUGUAUGUGAGUCGGACAUGAAGCAUCGUUCCAUCUUGGUCUGCAACAGCUCCAACUCUCUGGCCUCCAUAAGCCGACGUUUAUAUAACAGCCAUGAGCAUCAAGGUCACGUUCAAACGACGUUGACAGUCAUCGUAUUAGUUGGUUUAUUAUUAGUAAUAUGUGCUUUGCUUGUGAUCAUUGGCAUCAGGACGAAGGCUGCUCACUGCUCCUCACCUAAGAGGCAGAGCACCGGAGGCACCAGCUCAGCUGCUCUCAGCCACUUUGAGUCAAGCACAGAAGCAAAUGAGCUAAACAACACAGAAGAGGAGGCAGUUUAUACGAACAUCAUCCAGAUCAGACAAGCAGACGUUCUCCUUCCUAAAAGUGGUGGAGACGGGGCUGUGAUUUACUCCACUGUGAUGCUGUGAGGCGACUCUACAGACCUGCGUCUGACCAGCAGCUCAUACGCACUGGGAACGGAUGCAGAAACUGAACCAUGAACGGUGGAAAACAAAGUAGAAUGUGAAUAUUCUUAAUUUAAAGCCAUGAGUACUGUGAUCCUUCAUCUGUAAUUACUGCUAGAUCUGCUGUGUCUGGGAAAUAAAUAAAUAAAUAAUAAAUAAAUCCGUGCUGAAAGUACAA